AUGCUCAGCGGAACACGGAUGUCGGCGUCGCGUGUCAAGGAGCAGCUAUUCGAGUCCAAGGACGAGGCCAAGCAAGCUUUCAAAAAAGCAAAGGCAAGCACGAGCGGCAGCAUGAAGAACAACGACAAGGCUUUUGGGAAAGACCCGGAGACCCAGGAGAUCGUCGAAGGACCCAGGAAACUGGUCUUAGUCCUGGAUGGCUUCGACGAGGCGGGUGAGAAGCGGCGCGCAAUUGUCGACUGGCUGGUGCUGUGGCUGAAGAAGCACAUGUACCGCUGCCCUUUCCUGAUGCUGACGAGUCGGCCUACGGGGACCCAUCAGGUCCUGGCUGCUGAUGGACAAGCACGAGAUCCCAUGAGCACAAGUGUGGUGGCACAAAUUGGACCCCAGAUCUUCCUGACUGAGGAGCUGCUGCCCGCCUGCGCGAACGUGGCGCUCUUUGACCAGGACGACGCCUACCUCUCUUCCAACACAGUCGCUUCCACCAUGGAGGCCUUCUACCUCUGGGGUGAGGGAGUCGACCGGCUUCAAGAAGGAGUUCACGUAGCAGAGAUCGGUCAGGAUUCUGGUCCGAAGAUGGCACAGGGAACGAUCCCGUACGACAAACGCCAUCUCUUGCGCAAGGAUUCUGUUGGACAUCCUUUGGGCGAGGCGUUCCGCGACUGGAAACAGAAAGGAACGGAGACGGUGCAGAUUUUUGUCUUGGGCUUCGGCCUCCAGAGGUUCCACGCGGUUCGUAAGAGGAUCUCCGACAUCCCGUGGGCGGAGUUAGAGGAAUGGCCGAAGGACGCGUUUCCUGCGCGCAUCGUGGCUGUGGCGAAUCUCUUCCACGAGGAGUAUCGGUCCAGCAAGCCCACCACCGCAGUGUCUCUCCUCAAAGGAUACGAUGGCCAGGCCUUCAUCUAUGGAGAGCGCCGCUUGCUGCCUGAAGGCGCGAUCGGCAACAUCUCUCUGGAGGGGAAGACCUUCCACCUUCUGCCCCUGCAUUGCUACACGGUGGUCAAGCUCUCGACUGCGCACGCGGGCAACUCCCCGGUGAAGAAGAUCGCAGACAUGAGCCUACAUGCGGAGCUUCGCUACAGGUUGGGCUUCUCGUCCUUUAGCAUCCUGGAGCUCAGCGUGCAAAGUGCAAGCAGGAUUUCUGGGGUGCCGGCAGAGGCGCUCCAGACGCUUGCCCCCUCGGUACGCUCCACACCCUUGAUGGCCAGCAUCCUCGGCAAAUUCUGCAAGGACAACACCGACAAGGAGCAUGUCGCUUCCGAGAAGAGCAUUCUCCACUACGCCCUGCAGCAGCUCCUGCAACAGGCCGAGGGCCGCACCGGCGCGGCUUCUGGGACGCUCAGAGGGCCCCUGGCCAAAGUUUGCUUCCAGAACCUCAAGGCCUCGACGAGGCUGAUCUCCCGGCUGCAGCUCCAGGCAUCACCGCGAGAGGAGGUGCUCUUCGAAGAGGCACACCUGGGAAAUGUGCUCCUCUUCGAGCCGGCGCGGGACGAGAUACAGCUCUACCACCUGCGUUUUCACGAGCUCCUGGCCGCUGAGGCGUCGCCCUUGCCAUCUCACUUAAGUCAGCCGACUGCCGACUUGCUUGGGCCUUUCAUGGUGCAGCCCGAGGUGCGGAGCAAGAAGAUGACCUACGUCGAAGCAUUUCAGCUGGCCCAGACCAACGCCAUGCUCCGAGGUGCUCUCCGCUUCCUGGUCAUGCUCCUCAGCGAGGGACAGAAGGCCUUCGAACUCGACCUCAAGGGCUUUGCCAGUGGCGCGGCGGACGUCCUGGGUGUCCUUCCAGGAGCCCUGCUGAUGGACGAGGCUCUGACGCUGAACCUGUCCUGCAACAAACUGGGGUGCGACGGCAUCGGCCUCAUCGCCAAUACCCUCCGCGAAGCGAACCAUCUGAUCAACUUGGAUGUGGAGCUCUGCGAGAGCGCGCUGGGCGCGGACAAGGCUCAAGAUAAGGCUUUUACAGUCUCGAAGGCUUUGGCUUCACAGGCGCUGGCCCUGAACCUCGGGAGCAACGCGUUAGGCCGGGACCUUGGCGACGUGUGCUGGAUGCUGGCAGGUGAGCGAGGGGUCCAGCGCCUGGCCGCAGCCCUUGGGAGCCUCACCCAGCUGCGGACGCUCAAGCUGGAGCUGCCGGGCAACCGACUGGGCCGGGCCCAGAAGGUGCAAAGGCCCUGGCGUCUGCACGGCCGCCGGCAAAGCUUGAGCCGCUGGGCUUCACUGGGCUUCACUGGGCACCUGACCCUGGACCUUGGCUUUAACCAGCUGGGCCGGGUUACUUCAGACACCCAAUCUUCCGUCCAGUUUGCCUGGCUAAAUCGCAUGUUCUCGGCCAAAAGUGCGGGCGUGGAGCAGCUGGUUCCUUUCCUGCAGAACUUCCCCGAGUUGAAGGAGCUCAAGCUGGUGUUGCUGAGCAACCGGCUGGGUCUGCGGCUUAGAAAUCCCGAAGACGGCGACGAGAAAGUUGGACAUCAGGACCUGGAUCUCAACGUGGAGACGAAUCAGAUGGGCUGUCCAGGGAUCCGCGAGCUCAUCGCCAUCUCAGGUCAGGCUGGUGCUGCCCUCGUGUCGGCGGCCCUCCGGAAGCUGCCACGCCUGCGGAGGCUUGCACUGAAGCUGCAGCAGAACCAGCUUCGUCUGGAGCCGAGAGAGCCCAGGCUCUUCCGGCGCCAGCUUCUUCGCUGA